AAAUAUGGGAGGGGAUCACUGCCGUCACCGACUCGGGUUGGAGGAGGGAUCUCUUGAACCAACUCAGCUUGUGUUGCAAAGUUGGAACCAACGCUGGCUGGGAGAUUGAGGGUGUUGAUACUGGUCUCCAACUUCGCCAACACCGGGCGAAUGUGGACCCUUUGAGCGGUCUCGCGAUGCGGAAAUAGCCGAUGCGCGGAAGUUUCCAAACUUAAGACAAACUUUUUUUUUAAGAAAGUGGGGGUGAAGGGGGAGCAACGAUUACAACAUGGACAAGGCCAUCAAGGAAGGGCAACUCCACAUCUUGCAACCCAAAUUCGGCAAGAAAAGCUGGAAGAAGAAUUGGUUUGUCCUGUAUCCGGCCAGCCAGUUUGGGAUCUCCCGGCUGGAAUUCUUUGACAGCAAGGAUGGGGUCAACUUGUCCGAGAAGCAAUCUACCAAAAAAAUGGACAAAAAGAUUAUCCGGCUCUCUGACUGCAUCAGCAUCACACAAGUACCAAACGAGGUGUGUCCGAAGGACUCCAUGUCUGCCUUCACCAUUGAGACAGAGGAGAAACUGUACACCUUCGCUGCCGAGAAGUCAACCAGUGCAGAGUGGUUCGAAAAACUCUGUGAAAUUGCUUUCCUGCCUCCUGCUGUGGACAUCUGUUGUGCAGCGAAACCUCUGGAGAUGGCAGAGAACAGCAUCUACUACUCCCGAUCGGAAGUGAAUGAAUUCUGGGUGAACGUACAGAAGACCGAAGCGGCAGAGAGGUGUAACCUCCAUGGGUCCUACAUCCUCAAAGCAGACAAGGAGAGCCUGCUGCUGAAAGACACCAAAACCAACGAAGUUCUGUUCGACUGGCCAUACAAGCUGAUGCGUCGUUACGGCCGGGAUAAGGUCAUGUUUUCCUUUGAGGCUGGUCGCAGGUGCAAUUCUGGUCCAGGGAACUUCACCUUCGAGACCAAGCACGGCAACGACAUCUUCCUGAUAGUGGAAAGCAGCAUCCAGGAGCAGAAGGCCCAGGCGGAAGGGAAUCGCCGCAGCCUUCACCCGCUGGAACCUGGGGACGGCAGCGGGUCUGCUGACUCCUUGACCACCGACCUGACGCCUCCUAACUCAGCCGGGGCGAACAGCGGCUCCGGGGCCAAAGGAAGCCCCAGCAGCAGAGCUGGAGGGGCAGAGGGAGCGGCUGCUAAGAAGGAGCAAGCGGCGCCCAGGAGCAUGGAGGAGAAAGAAUUGUCCAAACACCUGAAGGCCCGCAGUCUGCCGGAUCCCCCCAACACUGGGCCGCCGACUCCCCCGCGGUCUCCUGUUCCCAAGCCGCCCAAGCACGUUGCGAACUCCGACCCUGCCUCCAUCUACUCUGACCCAGUCGAUGCCCUGACUGUAGGCAAACACAACUCAGACUACCUGUACUCCGAUCCACUGGACAGUGUCCCCAAAGCCCCCAACCCCCACCCUCCGCCCCGCCAGGGCUUCAAGGAGGGGAAAGCGCCCGGGAGGUGCACGGAGCCUCUGUACGCGGACAUAUAUGAGCGGGUGAGUUACGAGUUCUCGCGGGCAGCCGUGUCCCCGAGGUCGGAGGAGCACAUCUACGACGAGCCAGAGGGCAGAGCCCCUCCCCCUCUCCCCGUGCCCACCGCCAUCUACAAUGAGGCCAAGCAAGGAGACCAGGAUGCUUGGAAGAAGAAGGUGCCGAGCGCUUCUGCCGCUAAUGACUACUCUGUGCCGCCUCCUUCGAGAGGCGGCGAGCAGCUGGCUGGCAAACCCAGAAAGCCCAAGUCCAAACCACUGCCAGCGCCAAAACCAGCCAACAGGCCGUUUGUAAAAGACAAGCAGGCGGACUUCAAAGAGAUUGGAAAGGAGUUGGUGAACCCUGUGCCUGAGAAGUCAGUGCUCAAAAGCAAUUUUAACAGCUCGAAUAACUGUAUUUACAGUAAGGUUGUGAAGACCAGAGGACUAGAGAAGGAAGUAUCAGUGGAUGAAGUCACCAGUAACCAGGACCCUGUUUACGAAGAUCUGGGGAAUCUUUGAUGGGCUGAAACUAGAGAUUAAUCUUAAUUUUAGGUCUUGAAAACAGAAUGUUUUUUUGUUCAGUCCUGUUUCCAUAGUUCUGGAACACUGCCUCAGGCAAGGAUAGUGCAUUGGGUUAUCCUGUACAAACAGCCGAAACAGAAGUGUCUGUCAUUUUUCUUACUUCCUUCUGUUUCGUUCAGCAGUUAAAGGGAGAUGAGUCAUGGAUACUGUGAUACAAAUUUAUGACGUUUUUAAGGCGUAAGGUACCUUUCAAAUGUGAAAACUGUCCGGUUUUUGAUUUCAAUGUGUCUCUGCUCAGUUCCUGUCAGACCAACAUUCACAUAAGGCCAAGUCUGGGUAAUGAAUGAUUUGGCUUUUUCUCAAUUAUCUACUUGCCUGCCUCUCAUUCCCAGCUUUGGAAGACGAUAUGGGAUGAGAAUUCCUGGAAUGCCCGUGUUGGAACAAAAAGCUGCCACUGAGUUUAACGUUCUGCCUUCCUAGUGGUGAGCUCAAGGAUGGCUCGACUGCAAAGAUGGCAAAUGAGGAGGAGGAGGAGAUGGAGGGAGGCAAAAACCUGGGACCUCUUUUGAAGGAAGCAUGAGAGACCACGUCAUGGAAGUAGAUGUUUACUGACAUCUUACAACCUCAGUGGAAGGGUGUGCAAAUGGUGAUAGUGAAUUUGGCAGAAGACUUUAUCCACAAGCUACAUAUGGUGAAAGAGUACUGAGUACUCUCCGAAACUUGCUGUAAAGAUUAUGUAUAAAAAAAGUUAACAGUUUAUCACAGAUUUAGUUUUGUAUUAACUAAACUCUUCCUUUGACUCCGGAUGUGUAGUCUUUCUCCCUCAUUUUUAAGAAUGUUGUGUAUUCCAAAGUUGUUAAUUAUUUGUUAUAAUAGUCCAUUAUAAAGAUGUCUUGGAUUUGUUCAGUUCAUCUGCU